UUUUUUAGGAUCUGACCCUUGGAUAUAAGUAACAUUUAAAAUCUUACUGAGUGGCUGAUUUGGGAAUUCUUUGAGGUUCUUGCUGACCUCUGGUAUUUGGGAAUUGAAAGGGUUAAUUCAAAUUGCAGUCAUGUUCUAUGGGGCGAUGGUAUGGGAUCCUUGGCUUAUUGUAGCCCAAAUUGUUUGCCUCCAAUGCUUAUACUACCUCACUCUUGGAGUCUUCUUGUCCUUUCUUGUCGGUACUCAAGUUUCUCGUAUGAGCUUGGUCUAUUUCUUUGACUUCUCUACUCUUACAUGCUCCACCCUUGUCGGCUGGUGUGUCAUUGCUUCGUUUCUGCUUAGCGCUAUUGCAGGAGCUGGGUACAUGAUUUAUUUGAUUGAAAGGGCAAAGAAGUGCUUAGAUUUUUCAGCCACCCUCUAUAUUAUCCAUCUUUUCAUAUGCCUUAUAUAUGGAGGUUGGCCUUCCUCUGUUACCUGGUGGGUUGUGAAUGGUACUGGAGUUGCAGUGAUGGCUUUACUAGGUGAAUAUUUAUGCAUUAAAUGGGAACUGAGAGAGAUUCCCACCCGAUACAGAUCAAAUAUUUGACUAACAAAGAAUCGUGUGUGAAGAAAUCCCUUGUGGCUUCAAAAUUCAUGGUAUUUCUUCACUUCUUUGGAAGGGCUGAAGGAUAUAGUUCUCUAGAUAUGAAGUCUAAUCUGUAAUGAGAAGUAGCUUUAUUUAAAUAAUCUAUGUCCAGUGCUUCUGGGUAUAAUACGGAAGUGCUUCUAAAGAUGGCAGAGAGCAACCAUAAAAGCUUGGGAUUAGUGGUGCUUAAGUGAUAUGAAGCUGGAGCACAAAAGGCUGGGUAUGCAUUCAUUUGAGGGAGAUCUUAGAAUACAAUUUUAGGUCAUUUUGCAAAAGAUGAUUCACUGUAUCGGAUACUGUUUUCUGAUUUUA